AUGCAACCUUUCUGGAUUCUCGCGCUUAUCACUUUGGGUGUAUGCUCAGGCGUGGCUUCUGGAAAAGGAGAUGAUGACUGCCGCCAACAGAAUAUGGAUCUAGCGAUUUUCGGUGAUAUAUCAAGGAGUAUGAGGAAGCAACAACGCAAAAAGCUGAUGAACUUUGUUAUAGAGUUAAUUGACUCAAAAAAAGUUUCUGCUGAUGGAAAUCAUGUUGCUCUUGGGACGUUUUCAUUUACAGCUGAUAUCCAUAACAAGCUUGACGAUAAGGAAUACUACGAUGUAAACAAAUUGAAGAAGACUGUCAAAGAAAUCCUCAUAGUUAAGCCAAAGAAAUUUGGAACUCGCACGGAUCUAGCUUUGGACCUGGCAGACAAAGAGGUGUUUACGGCAGCCGGAGGAGACAGACACAAAGCCAAGAACGUCUUAAUCAUCGUAACUGAUGGAAAACCUCAUAUUACAAAGAGAGCCAAGGAACCAUUCAUUCCUUUCGAAAAGUCAACGAAAGCGCUUGAGGCUAAAGAUGUUCUCGUUGUCGUUGUUGGGGUUGGCAAAAGUGUGUCAAAGCAAAAGAAGAAAAUGGAAGAGAUCGCUGGUGAAAAAGGCAGAGUUCUUUUGUUCCCGAGCUUUAAAAUGCUAAGCCAAAAUUUAGACGAGGUGUUAGAAGUUUACUGUGCUCUUGACGGAGGAUACACUGAGUGGUCUGAGUCUGAGUGCAGUGUGACUUGUGGAGGAGGAGUGAAGACACUAACAAGAACCUGUACCAAUCCCCCGCCAUCUAACGGUGGAAAGGACUGUAGUAAACUGGGGCCAGCUACAAUGACACUUUCCUGCCACGAGCAAGAAUGCCCAAUUGAUGGCAAAUACACCGAAUGGAAGGAGUCGGAGUGCAGUGCGACAUGUGGAGGAGGAGUAAUAACUAAAACAAGAACUUGUACCAAUCCCCCUCCACAACAUGGUGGAAAGGAUUGCAGUGAACUGGGACCGGCUCAAAUAACACUUUCAUGCAACCAGGAAUCAUGUGCAAUUGAUGGCAAGUACACCGAAUGGAAGGAGUCGGAGUGCAGUGUGACAUGUGCAGGAGGAGUAAAAACAUUUAUAAGAACCUGCACCAGUCCUCCGCCGUCUAAUGGUGGAAAGGACUGCACUGAACUGGGGCCGUCCGAGAAAACCGAAUCGUGCAACACAGAGGAAUGCCCAAUUGAUGGCAAAUACACCGAAUGGAAGGAGUCGGAGUGCAGUGCAACAUGUGGAGGAGGAGUAAUAACUAAAACAAGAACUUGUACCAAUCCCCCUCCACAACAUGGUGGAAAGGAUUGCAGUGGGCUGGGACCCGCUCAGAUGACACUUUCAUGCAACGAACAGCCAUGCCCUCCUCCAUGCGCAGCUGGACUUGACGUUGCAAUCGUUCUCGACAAAUCCCAGAGCGUUAGAUUGGGUAAUCUGAAAAAGAUUAUCACUUUCUUGGGUAACCUGGUUAAAAACUUCAAUCCUGCCCCUGACGCAGAUCACUUUGGCCUUAUUACCUUUAACAAAAAGUCACAACUGUCUUUUAAAUUUAGCGACUCACAAUACCACGAUAGAGACGCUCUACUACAAAAAAUAGCCAACGAACCGAUGGUCUUACAAUAUCAAACUCGCACCGAUUUGGCCCUAAUUAUGGCGAGGGACGCGAUGUUUACCGAGGCAGGAGGAGACAGGCCAGACAAACAAAAUGUCAUGAUUGUACUCACAGAUGGAAAACCAACUCAUCCAAAAAAGGACUUUGACUUCGCUGCAUUUGCUAAAGAUAUAAAUAAAGAUUUCGAGAAAAAUAAAAUCAACAUUGUGGCGGUGGGUAUUGGUGCAGGAGUGGAUGAAAACACUUUGCACGACAUCGCAGGCACAGGUACUGUGGUCCAGGUGCAAAACUUCGAUAAGCUUGAUGAAAUGAUGGAAACAAUCAAGGGAGCAGCUUGUUCGGGAUAA